CCGCGAAAAGCGAUUACAGUGAUUACACAUUCUCUUAUGGCCGUGGCCGCUCUCAGUCUUCUCUCUGAUUAUAUUUUCCUUUGAGUAUAUCGUUGAGCUAAAAAUGAUUUUGUGAUGAUUUGUGCGCUCGCACUUGUGCAAUAAUUUUGUUUGCAGCGCACAUUUCAAUAAGUACGAACAAAUAAUUUUUGUGACAUAUUAAUCGUGAAUUUCGCUAAAAUGAACGAAUUUCUUCGACGAGAGGUCUUGCAAGUGUUUAAGAAACUCCAUAGAACAAGAUUAAAGAAAUUUGAAGGCGACGAACAUGCAUUGCAAGUUGUGAGAAGUAAGAUAAAUGAAGAAUAUAGGAAGUACAAAAAUGUCAAAAAUCAAGCUGCUAUUGAAGAGUUGAAUAAAUUUGCACAGGAAGUUGAACAAGAGAUGAGAACAACUAUUAUCCAAGCUGUUGAAACAGCACCUGGAAGAUUAACACUGAACAUUACUUCAGAUGUCUUAGUAGAUAAUGUGCCAAGCAAAGAUCAGAAAAAUAUCAAAAAAGAUAAAAAUCAAGUGAGGUGUUGUAAGGAUACCGAACAAUGAUAUUGAAGAAUAAAAUUAAAUUUAAUUGAAAACAAUUUGUCACAUAAAUUGUAAAUGUUGAUGUAUUUAAAUAGUUUACUGUAAUAUUUGUAAAUAUACACUAUUGUAGGUAGCUCUAUAUUUAAACAUGCAAAAAUAAAAACUCACAAAUUUA